AAAAAACACAUCUUUGUCGUCCCACUAUUAAGAAUUAGACUGAGUAAUGUCAAUCUUCAAGUAGAACAUGUGGCCCCGUCGUGCGGAGCGGGAUCUUCCACUGUUGUCUCCGGGGCGGUUGUGGGACGAUGACGGUGAGGGCGACGAUGACGAGUGGAAUGAGUGGUGGAACGGAAUUCCAAAGAAAUACAUCCGGACAGCGGCCGAGGACUAUAACCAUGAGUUCGUCUUAUCCGAACUCGGUGCGUCAUCUGGCAGAUUGCGAGCUCGCGAUGCAAAUUACUUCGCCAACCGCGAAGUUUCGCCGGCGCGCACGCCGACCGACAUGGUGCAACGGUUGCCCAAGCUCAAGAUGGAGGACUUAGUCGACGAAGACGAUGACGAAGCAUGUGCGAAGGAAGCCGGCGACCACGGUGACGCUAGAGAUGAGGAUGAGGAAGAUGACGAUGCACUAGGGCUAGAUUCGCUCUGUGAAGAAGAAAUUGAGGAAGAAGAAGCCGUACAAGUACAAGAUGCCAAGAUAUCAGCCAAGGCUGAGGGAGCAGGAGGCGGUCGGGAUAAGGAAGGGCCCGUGUCGUGCCCUCUAGGACCAGAAUUUCUAGGACUGUCUCCUCUUUCAUCGUCGCCCGCAGCGUCGGCGGCAGUGCUGUGGGACGACGACCAAGCCGCAAGCAAGGAGGAAGACUCGUGCAGCAGUUUCGACGCUGGCGGAACGGGACGAGGUGAUGGAGUGCCAACAGCAGAAGUCGAGAUCACGAACGCGCAUGCUGCUGUGGGUGCUUUUUUUCAUAUUUUUAGCUAGACACACACAGACUCUCACGCGUGUUGCUUAUACAGUAUCGGUUGUUCUUCUUUCUUCGCAUAAAGAGCAUUCGUUUCCAAUUCAACAUCAAGAAGAUUCUGGUUUCGACAUCGGCUGGAGCAACCUCAGGUUUAAGCCCUUCGAUAUUUUUACAUUACAGGCGGAACAAGCCCGACAUUCUACCCCGAGCUUGCCGACCAAGACCAGGAAGACGUCGAAAGUUUAGGGGAUUUGCUGGCGCAGGUCGAGGACGACGCUAACAGGGGCAAACAGAGUCCGGAAAAGCCACAAGAGUUUCCCGCGACUCAAGAGGAUGCUUCUCAGCAAGCAUCAGUGUUGAGUAACGGUAGUACCCCUGCUGCUACUCCGGCUCCUGUCCCUGCAACAAGUAUCAAUAAUACGAGACUACAAACAAACCUUUUCUCUCAACAAGAUGUAGUUCACAGAGAAGAAGUACGAGGUACAGCUCGCACAACCAUCAGCAGACCAGUUCUUGCGGAGCAGAAAACGAUUUUGGGUAUUGACGACCUCGAAAGUGAUCAUAGCGACGACGAUACUUUCUCAGAGCAGCGCGCAACCACAAAUCCACCCAGUAUUGGGCCAGCAAUCGCGCAAGAACAGCUGCCGGUCCAAUCACAGCUCUUGUUAGAACAUGAUUUUGAAUGCCAUGCACUAUCAUUAUAAUCUUCUUCGAUCGUGUAGGUUCUUCUAUCUAGUUGUAGGUACUCUCACGACGUUGACUUUGACUAUUGGAUCGAUCCUCUUGAUUAUACAGGUCCCAACGCAUGCAAGUGCCAAGAUUUUUACGACUUCCCCUGAUAAUAACAACAAGCGCAAGACGUUUGGCGAUAUUCUUGUUGGAUCACCAACAAAAGCAGUAGACACAAGUGCAAAACCGCCAGCGCGUACUACACCACUCGCAGAUAUGUUUGCACAACCGAAAAAUCUCAAGGCAGCGGGAGAAGACCAUGACUGGACCUCGGACUCAGACGAUUUCGAUUUUGAAGUAUUUUUUCGCACUUUUUCUAGGUCUUAGCUAGCGACAGAGUCGUCGCGAAUAGGCUAGGAUCAAAAUCAAUUGAUAAUUUCAAUUUCUAUAAUCGAUAUGCACAAACUAUGUUUUCAGAAUUUCCCAGUAGCUACUAGACUUGAGCGCUUGGGAGCACUCGCCCCACUAGGAUCAUCCACCCCCGGCACGCACUUCCUCAAUCCCGGCGCGUUUCCGCUUCCCCGGCUCCUCCCCCGUCUGGCGGCGUUGAUCGUUGGGACAAGAGUUGGGCGGGGGACGGCGUGCGGCCAUUAAUUAAGAUGGCAGAGAUCGAAGUCGUUGGCGUGUAGGUUUGCGCUUAUCUUGGAAGGUUUGGCCUCCUUUGCGUGCAAGUUGCAGCGCUCGAGCUUGCAACUUGUCGAAAUUCCUCUGCUUGUGAUACACUCAAAAGCUUUGGAUUGGAAUCUUUUAAAGUCAUUUUGCUGAGAUAUAAUCAAAAAGUUUGGAUUCGAGUCCUCAGAUUUGAAAUUUUGAAAACAUUGAGGCGCCGCGUUUAAUCUUAAGCGUUCAGCUUUGAGCUUUCAAUUUGAAGCUUUCAACUUUCACCUUUGAGUUUUCAACUUUGAGCUUGAGCUUUAAACUUCGGGGCUCCAGCUUUGAGUUUUCAGGUGUGAGCUUUCAGCUUAAAGUUUUCAGGCUUUAAGCUGAGGCAUUGCGCUUCCAAUCUAGAGCGUUCAACUUCGAGCUUUCGGCUUUGAGGCUGGGGCUUGUUUCAGUCUUGAGGUUGGGUGUAAGGCUUCAGCUGAUAAAGUCAAAAGCCUAGGCUUUUUGUGCAAAGUUUUCAACUUUAAAGCCCACGAAGCGCGCGGUGCUUUAUUUUAAAAGGGGCGCGACGUCGUGUCAGGGCCCAGGGGUUCGCGUGUUCGUGUGUUGUGUUUGUUGGUGGAUUAGAAAAGGAGCGGAAAAACUUGCGACGGACUAACGAUUUCUACUUCCGUGUUUCCAAUGGACCAUCGAGCACUCGCACACUUUUUGUGCAAGUGCUUUCGGUUCAAUUGCUUUUGGUUCGGGUGUGUUGGGUUCGGAUGUUGGCGGGGUCGUCGUUGGUUUUGUAUUUAGCUUUUUAACCUUUUCGCUUCAACGUGACUAAUAAGAUAUAUGCGAGCGCAUGUUCAAGACUUUAGAUAGAUUUCUUGCGCUGGGCAUGGAUUUUUUAGAAAUAAUUAAAAUUUUUGAAGUUCAAAUCGUAAAAGUUUUGACUUUAUUUCGCAAAGUUCGAAUUUAAUACGCACCCGCGUGAAAUCUAACCAAUUCGUAGGCCUCGGAAGUUCAUUCAGAUUCAGAAGCUCAUGAGUUCAGGCGUUGGGGGUUGGGGAGUCGGGUGUGGAUGAGUGAGAGUUUGGCGCUCCGAACUGGGAGGGUGAGAGUUUGGCGGGGUCGUCGUUGGUUUCUCAAUAUUAAUCGCUUUAAUAUGAUAGAACAUUUCGUAAGAAGGAUGUUGGAUUGGAUGGAUUGCGUGGCAUUGCAUGCAUUGCAUGAGCCGAGGGGGUCAGAGUGCGACCUUCUUAAGGGAGCGACACGGGAACGAAGAUUCAGGGCGCGGCAUAGGAAUAAUUGGCUCCGUUGUAGGAGUAAGUACUUGAAUAGUGCUGGCACGUACUAGCUAUUGUAAGUAGCUCGACUAGGCUAGCUUGCCUGUGAUCUCGACCGUCUUGCUCACUGUUCCCUGGCGCACACAGGCCACGGCGUUUGCGCUGCUCCUUGCUUGUUUCUGGGGCGAGGUCACAGUGGGGCCGUGUUUGUGUUCGUGUAUCGUAAAGUAAUUCUCCGGCGGAGCCGCCCGGUAUUGCGGAGGAAGUAUGGCGCCCGAAGGGCGCCGCGAGAAAUAUAUUGUUUUUUGGGUAGUCCAUCCAUGCAAUGCAUGCCAUCCAUGCCAUGCAAUCCAGAAGUUCGGAAGUUGCCUUAUAUUCUAAUAUGAUCAGAGGGCUUCCGCAUCGAAGUUAGAUUAGGUUUGACGCCAUUUCCUUGAUGAUGAUCGCACACACUCUUUUUCAGUAUAUGUAACAUUUUUCAUUUUUAAAGCGAAAAUGUGAAGAAAAGUUUGUCAGGGCAAUACGAACCGGAAGACGAAGGGAAGACAAGGACCACCCGACUCAGCGUCCGCACUUACGCAAGCAGACGGACCGGCGGGUUCAUCCAGUUCACAGCCAAAUCGUAGUAGCAACCCGGUUGCAGGAGAUCGAGUGCUGGUUGGCGAACCUUCUAUCGAGCAGAAAGAGGAAUCUCCGUCCGCCAGUCUUGUUUUAGCCUCCGUUGUUCAGGAUCAGGUUGCAGGAGGCAGUAGUCUUGUCGUGGCGGAAAUACAGCAAGUAGCAGUUCCUCCUACUGCUUCAAAUGAAGACCAACAAGUGACGAUGACUCCAAAGUUGGAGGAGCAAAAUGCUGAGUCUACGCCAGUGAAUGACCCCGCAACUAGACCAGCAAAGCCACAACGACAAACGGGAACGCCGUCGGAUCGUGGAAGUACCUCUGUAGGUUUUGCUAAUGCACGUGCGGGGACGACUGCUAGCGAUCACAUAACGAGUGUAACAACAGCCUCGUCAACUUCGGCUUUGGCUGCCGCUUCAUCUAGCCAUGUUGUUGCCGAGGCUGCGAAAAUGAAAGACGAAACGGUGUUGAACAAGGAAAGUCCACUGCUUGGGGCAGAAAACUAUAACUCCGUUACCAAUGACUUGGGUCUGAAGGGCGAUAUCCACCGCGGAGCUGACCUAGCGUCGAUUGAGCAGCAUGGUAAACAGCGACUUCCGGCAGACCGUUCAACAGGAGGUUCGUACACUCUUGCGGAGGUGAAGCCAGGCGCUCGCGUUGGUUCUUCAUUUCCGAGUUCAUCUCUGCCUUCGCAGAGCGCUCCUGGCAUCAGUUCGAGCAGCGGCGGAACUGGUGGCGGCCUGGGACUCCGUGAUUUUGUCGGCGGAGGUGCAGCACCAGCAAGAGGUGCAGCAAAAACCAGUUUGCAUAAUCCGAGUGGGGAAGCGGCAUUUAGUGAGGAUGGCAGAGGGCCCAGCAGCCCAGGGAGUGCGAUAUCAUUGGACCCAGAGGAUGGAACGAAGCAGAGAGCGCGGAGAAGCGGCCCGACGUCGUUCUCGCCACGACCAAUAGGGCGAGGGAAACCAGGGCAAGUGAACUACAGGGCAGAGGGAGAAUCCGAUUCUUCGAUGAGGCCCCCGUCGUCAUCUGCCCGCGACACCAGUGAGACCAGUGCAUCCGUGGUAUCUCCUACGGGGGGUGGUAUAGUGUCGCUAUUUGGAGCUCCGAAGAUGCUGGUGGAUCGUGCACAAACGGCGUUCGCAGCUAUAGCGCGAACUGCCUCUGCUGUCUCUUCACCGCAUUCGUCCGCCGGCUCGGGCGGGUCGCCGUUCGGAUCAAUUGGCCGGAAAAAAAGUCCGAAGCGCGCUGCUACAUCGCCUAGCCUAGGUAGAUUGAGGGAAAAGCCUUCUCCAAUCUCGACGCGUGAUAUCACCCUGAAACAGUAUGCUGUGGGCCUGCAGAUUCACAAUGAGAAGAAAAAAGCGGGAUAUCCCGAAUUAGCGGACAACAACAACAUUACGGCGCCCUCGUCGCCAGGUGGAGGUCCUUCACCUUCUGUAACGGCUGGGAUGCGUGCCGCGAGCAGUCCUAUGGAGUCUUCGUCACCAAGCUCUCCAGCGGUCUCGAUGUCUCCAUCGCCCUUCCGGAUUAGGUCGGUCAAGAAAGGAGGCCAGUUCCUACCUGUGCAGCAGAGCCCACCUGGAAUACCGGACAAGCUGAAGUCUUCGCCUGCGUCGUCGUCGUCUCCGCAGUCAUUUCCACAGAAGAUGAAAACGACUAAAUCGGCUGCUGAAGAUGACGAGAAAAUUGACGAACUUAGUAAGCGUGAGAAGGGCAUCAACGACGCCGUUUUUCAACUGUUCGGUGCCGGAGGGAAAGACGAUAGCAGUUCGUCUCCAGGUGAUGGUAGUACAAGAAAGAGCUCGCAGAUUGAUCCUCCGAGAAAUGACGUACCAUCGGGGACGUCAUCUGAAUACGCAAUCGAAGUUCCAUCUGACUUUACUCUCGACUCGAAAACUGCGCCCGACGGAGCUGAUGAGGACGAUGACGCGUCACUGUCCUCGAGAACGAGAGAAGCGCACGUAGACUUGCGUUUUGGCGGAGGUGCUUCGUCUGACAUAGUUCCAGGUGCAAAAGGUACAGAGGACACGCCAUUGCCUUCGAAGAGUUCAUCGGAAUACGCUAUCGAACUUGUCUCAGACGAAAAUCUUUUCACAACAAGCUCAGACACCGCUAACGUCUUCGAACCAGAGGAGCAGGGACGCUCUGAAGGCAGAAUAGGGACGCUAAAUAAGGAAUUUGCAGCGGACUUAGCAGCUCAGCCGAAAGCAGAUGAAGAGCAGGUGGCUGCGCAGGACGAAAGCGAGGCUGCGGCGUCCAAAAGUGCUGAUGCUGCUGCUUCGGAAGCGGUAGACAUGACACCUCCAGCUGUCGAAAAAAGUGAAAAGGAGGAGGCGGCUGAUAUUCCUGUGGAUCAAGAUGGCAAAGCGGCAGCGGAUGCGGCAGCAGAGAUAAAAGAAGUAGAGGAGGAUGAAGAGAAAGAGGACGUACUAAUAAACCCUCCGACGAGUCCCGAUGACUCAACAAGUCCGCAGGAAAGUCCUGUAGCAGAAAGCAAAGCUGGUGAAGAGGACGAAGACGGAGGCUUCGUGUUUCGUUUGAGACCUGAGGAUGAGGCGGUCGCAUCUGUUGAAGAGGAAGCAGGUGCCGUGGAAUCUCCGGAUAUUGAGGCGCCCGUUAGCAUCUCCAAGGAAGAGGAGUCACCGAUUAUACCUCAGGAAGAACCGCCUACACCGGAGAACGAGGCAAAAGUAACAGUCUCCGAUGAAUUAGCGGGAGUAGAAGAGGUGGAUCCCGAUGAAGACCGGCCCACGAAGUCCCCGCGUCUUCCUGAAUUCAUAAAUAAAGGCGCCGCUUUGGUAUUUGACGAAGAGGCUGUCACACUCCAACAGCUAGAUGGAGCGAGGAGUAGAGCAGCAUCCAUAGUCUCGGGGACUGUUACUCAUGGUGUCACAGUGGAAGCAGCUGGGACAGUGUCCAGUGGUGCCCGAACACCAGCAGCCGAUGUUCAGACUCAGUGGCGCUCGCUUGGGCUGGAUAUUUUCGCGGCAGGCGGAAAAACGCCGCUAGGGUCAGGCGCGGUGACCCCCUCAACGCCACUGCAAAAGCCGCCUACUGCUGGUCCCGAAGGAGAGGGCCAGCCAUCGCCUUCACCUGAUCGCGGGUCCGCAGUGGUGUCGCCGAUUCGGCAACUCGUGCAGGCGGGUCGUACAUCCAUGGGGCUCGAAGAGCAGCUGAACGAACACGUUUUGGCGAAGGAACGAAAAGCACAACAAGAGGCUGCUGCUAAGGAGGAGGGCGCAGCGGAUGAACUCGAGCGUUCACGUGCUGGAGGAGCAGCCGACCAACUCGGCCGAUCUGUGUCGACGCCGGUCUCUGCCGUGAGUAGCCGCGCAUCCUCAAGACGCGGGUCUCAGCUCGUGCCGCCGGCGCGUAGCAGCAAGUGGAGCAGUGCUGCGACACCUCCGUUGCCGCCUUUUCGCGGCAAUGUCUUGCAGGUAGACACUGCGGUUGACGAAACUGACGACACAGGUCGAAAGAUCGAGGCCGCUGCUCCACAAACGAUUGUGAGCUCUGUGGCUUUUCCCACACCCACAACAGUUGAGGCCACUCUCUCUCGUCGGGAAGCGAAUGAAGGUGCAACAGCGUCCGCCAAGACGUCGCUCGAGCUGGCUGCCGAACAUCAAGAGCAGCGCCGUCAGAGGGUUCUCGAUACACCCAUGUUUGGAGCAGGUGGCAUCGCGCUGUCAUCUCCCAUUGACCUAGCUUCUCCGCCGCCGGGAUCCGCUAGAGGACUCCGCACGCCUGGCGGUGCGGACGGAGACGGGGGCACACUAGGUGGCAGCAUAGCCCGAGCAAAGAGGCAGUGUUCCAUCGCUCGUUGCGAGGCAACCCACGUGGAGCCAGCCAAGCAGUAUCUGAAGAACGAUCCUCUGGAUACGUCGUCCUUAGUCGACAUUCCGCCCGCUGGCGGCACAACUCCGGUAUUGAUUUUUCGAGAUGACUCAAUGCGCAAAUGAAGAGUGCAAAUAGAAAUUUUCAAGUUCAUCUUGUGAGGUUAACAACUGAGUUUGUCGACCGCGCUGAAAAAGCUCUAUGUCUAUCUACUACCGCUCCAUCUUCAGGCCCAUGCGGGUCCGGCAGUGCAGCCUCAUGCGCCGGUGAUGCAUCCCGGGGAUCCACGCGCUAAUUACAACUACCACGCUCCACCUCGUGGUGGAUUCUGGGUACCUCCGCACGCGUAUGCGUACCCUAGUGGCCCUUAUCCUGCUCCUUACGGCGGUGGUCCGGAAUAUGCUGCAGCAAUGGGCGCACCAGCACGACCCAGUAGAGUUCCUGCUGCAGGAGCAGAAGCGACAAAUUUCUCACGUCUCACUCGCAUUGAUACGUCCUCUGCGGCUUAUUCAGCCGGUGCGGGAGACCAGACGUCGUUUUUGUCUCCGUCCACGAUGCAGCAGCAUCAAUUUCAUCCGCAGCACGACGGGCAGGCUGCUCUUGAGGCCGACCACGAAUAUCUUGAACGAUUGCGCGCACGAAGUAUUGCUGCAGCGGGCUCCGCGGGAAGCCCGACAUCCCACAGCAAGUUGCAACAGCAACAAAUGAUGCGUGGCAGCCCCGGACCGAAUAGUACCACCGAUGGUCAUCUCGGUCAUCUCGGAAGCAGCUCUUUUGGGCCAUACUUGCAUCACCAUCGCAGCGAAAAGGAACUGAGAUACCUCCGCAGUACAAUGCCCGCAGAGCCGGCUGGAUCUAUUUUGCAGGCGACUGAGAGGUACGAAAUGCAAACAAGCUAUACUGCGCGAGCCACUCUGCGACCCUCGAUAUCCGAUCUUCAAUGGCGGUUCUCCUCCUUACAACAAAGACUACAAAAGUCUUCCCAGAGUCGCAGAGUAAUGCCAAGGAACGAAGAUGCAAGUGCAAUAUUCCGUCGUAGACUUUUAUUGGAUAAGACAGCUUCUUGA